AUGCGACAAUGUGAUCCAAAUUCAGCCUUCUUUGGGUUUAUGGGGAUUGCUGCUUCCUCCAUUUUUUCGAACCUUGGGGCCGCCUAUGGUACGGCGAAAAGUGGUAUAGGUGUCUGUAGUGUUGGUGUUAUGAGACCAGACUUAAUUAUGAAAUCGAUAUUGCCUGUAGUUAUGGCUGGUGUUCUUGGAAUAUACGGAAUUAUUAUGUCUAUUAUUAUAUACGGAAAAAUGAUCCCAGCCGAGGAAUAUUCCACCUUUUCUGGAUACAGACACCUGGCGUCAGGACUCAUAGUUGGAUUAAGUUCUUUAGCUGCCGGCUUGGCCAUAGGAAUUGUGGGUGAUGCUGGUGUAAGAGCCAAUGCUCAGCAAAACAGAUUAUUCAUUGGGAUGAUUUUAAUUCUUGUAUUUUCUGAAACCUUGGCAUUAUAUGGUUUAAUUAUCGGCAUUUACAUCACCUUCACAAUAACUCCGAAGCUUUGUACAUCUUAUGCAUUAUCUUAG